AUGUUUUACGUUAUUGGUAAGCAAAUAAAGUAUUUUUACAAAAUCCAGAAGCAGCCUGUAGCUUCUUUUAAUUCAUUCAUGUGGACUUCAUUGUCUGUUUUUCUAAUACUGUGUUUGUUAACUUACAUGCCAUUUUCUCCUUGCGUUAUCAUUGGUCCCGAAUCUUCCUCAGUUUCUUUCCUUAGCUUUUGUUGUGGUGACAGCAGUCUUUGAGGCAGACAUUUUAGUGCCUGAGGUAGAACAUUAAAAUGAUACUUCCUUGCCAUGGGGUAAAAUAUAAUAAACUAUGUGUAAUUUACAAAUUGUUGCCUCAGAAUGAACUGUCAAUGGUAGAGCUAGCCCUUCUGAGAUCUCCAGGGUUAAAUGUUGUAAACUCUCAGCUAGAGCCUCCAUGGUGAUUGAUUUUCAAUGCCUUCUUGGAUUAAUAACUACAGUGUAUUUCCCCCCCUUUCUAUAGGUGGGAUCACAGUAUCUGUGGUAGCUUUCUUUUUCACCAUUAAGUUCCUCUUUGAACUUGCCGCACGUGUAGUCAGCUUCCUCCAGCAUGAGGACCGGGAGCGCAGAGGAGAGCGGACAAUUUAUGACUACGUGCGAGGCAACUACUUGGACCCCCGCUCUUGCAAAGUCUUCUGGGACUGGAAGGACCCAUAUGAGGUGGGCCACAGCAUGGCCUUCCGAGUACAUGUAAGUGAAUAUUUUCUAUUUCCAUGAAAACCUAAGGAGUGGAUCUAGGUUUUAUUUCAAGACAAACGUCUAUAGAGAUUAUGGGACUGUUCCUUGGAGGUUUUGUGCCAGUUUUGUUACUUAGGCUGAACAGCUUAAUGCUGGUGGUUAUCAACAGCACAGACCACGUUUUUGCUUUUGCAGUGAGUUUGGGUGAGCUUCUGACUUGUAAGUUUAGACUGGUCAAACCUAGUAUCGCUCUUUUCUUCUGGGUUUGUUUUUGUUGAAUUUGUUUUGUAUGCAUAUUUAAAAUUUGGUGGGCACAUAUCUUGAAGCAUGAUUGGGCAUGAUGAUUUUUUUUGCAAAUGGUGCCAGCAUUUAUAUCAGGGAUGUUGUAAGCAGAGAGGGAAUAAGCUAUCAGUGAUUACUAGUCAUGUUGGCUGGUAUAAUACCUCUAGGAUCAAAGACAGCAAAUCAGAAUACCAGUUGCUGGGAACAACAAGACAAGGCUAUUGUGCUCAUGUUCCACAGGUAUCUGGUUAGCCACUCUGGGAAACAGGAUGCCAGUUUAGUUAAGCCUCUGGUCUAUUCCAGAAGGGCUCUUCUUAUGUUCUUCAAUAAUUACAGAACCGUUCAUCACCUAAUAUUGGGCACUAAUUGUGAUACAGCAUAUUAAGAUGCUGUUUUGCAUUUAUUUUUUAAAUCCCCAUGCAGUUAUUCUAUAAGAAUGGCCAGCCCUUCCCUGCUCUUCGUCCUGUGGGCCUGCGAGUUCACAUCUGCCAUGUGGAGCUAGCAAUGGAUAUUCCUGUGACCCAGGAAGUACUUCAGGAGCCCAGUUCCAAUGUGGUGAAGGUGGCAUUUACUGUGCGGAAGGCUGGGCGCUAUGAAAUCAGCAUAAAACUUGGAGGCUUGAAUGUGGCAUAUAGCCCUUACUACAAAGUCUUUCAGCCAGGUAAGGCCUUUUGGGCCAAUAACAAACCAAGGCAUAGAAAGGAGAGCAUGUCUUGUAAUACGCCCCUUGUAAUAUUACAUGCGAGUCUAAGCUGGGUGUUGUUCCUUAUUUCAGGAAUGGUGGUUCCUUCGAAAACCAAAAUUGUUUGCCAUUUCUCCACUUUGGUGCUGACAUGUGGGCAGCCUCACACUCUGCAGAUAGUUCCCAGAGAUGAGUAUAAUAAUCCUACCAGUAACUCUGUAUCACUGAUAGAUGAGCACAACUACAGCCUCUCAAUCCAUGAGGUGAGUCCAUUUCUGCUCUAUCUUCUCUAAGACUGGAAUACACUGAUAUAGUCUAACUUAUAUUCCUUUUGUCUAGCUUGGUCCCCAAGAAGAAGAACCUUCUGAUGUUUUGUUUGAAAAGUCUGUGGUGUCUAAUCGACAGACUUAUCAAGUUUUCCUGAGACUCACCCUACUCCGUAGGGGAUGUUUCCGUGCCUGCAUCUCCUACCAAAGCCAGCCUAUUAGCAAUGGAGAGUUCGAUAUAAUUGUUUUAAAUGGUAAGUUUAGAAAAAUACAUUAUUUUUACUGCCAUGUUAACUCCCACGAUGCUGUUGCCAGCCAUUAAAAGCUAAUAUGUAUUUCAUUUAUUGCAUUUGUAUCUUGCCUGUUGUCCAGCAGUAUCAGUCUGACAUUUUAGCCUCAUAACAAGUGAGGUUUGUAUCUUGCAGAGAGUGAAAAGAGUAUCGUGGAGCGAAAUGUUUCUACCUCAGGGGUCAGUAUCUAUUUUGAGGCCUACCUUUACAAUGCUAGUAGCUAUGCCAAUACCCAGUGGCAACUUCCACCCCUGCAUUGGGGUUCCUCUCAGCGCCGACCUUCCACUGCUACUGAAGAUGAGGAUGAAGACUCUCCUUCUGACAGCCAGACCCCUGAGAAAGUGAAGAAGCCAAAAAAAGUGUAUUGCUAUGUUUCACCCAAGGUAAGACUAGUUCGUCUAUUCCCUAGUUGCACAGGAUUUAUUGCUACUAUGUGUGGCUGUGUUAUCAAUCGGCUUCCAGGAACCAUUUCCCUAUGAUUGUUGGCCAUUAUUACUGUUGUGAGAGACUGUGUAUUGUGCUAUGAAACAGCUGGUGUAUGUUUCCAAGCAUAUAUUGUAGACAAAAUUGUUCAGGACCUCUUGGAUUAUUCCUCUGCUAACCAGAGAACUGACCUGUGGCUACAUUUUAUGGUGGCUGCUGGGUUGUCAGCAAAAAUGGAAUUGACCAUUGUUCAAGUUCUUUCAGAUUGGUUCAUUUUUUAAAAUAUGUGACUCUCCAUUGUUUUUGUUCUUUUACUUCAAAGCAAUUCUCAGUAAAGGAGUUCUACUUGAAGAUCAUUCCUUGGCGCCUCUUUACCUUCAGAGUGUGUCCUGGCACCAAGGUAUGUUGGUAAAAUUCCCCAGUGAAUAAUUGGAUUUGUUUUGUGAAAGGUAUAUUCCGUUUGUCAGCCUAAUCACAUAAGAUUGAAAACUUUCACUGUUAGGUUUUUAGAUUUGCUUGGGAGCCUGCUGUGGUUUUCUAUAUUGCAUCCUGCAAUAUAGCUUUCAGGUUCUUUUUUUCUUGUAAUUUUCCUCCUCCCCUAAUGAAGCAUGUACUGAGGCUCAUUCUACAAGAAUUGCAAUUUAUAAAACCUUCAUCUCAGCUGUAGGCUUGCCAGCAGCUUUGCUAUUAACUGGUUCUGAGCAGAUAGAGGGGCAAGGAAAUGUGCCCAGGGGGUAACCUUGCCACUUCUGAUCAAUGUGCUGUGCUUUCUGGUAAAUGAUUCCCCGCCCUUUCCUGCAUUUCUUUGCUGCUAGUUUUCUUACCACGGGCCUGACCCUGUGCACAAACUGCUGACGUUAGUGGUGGAUGAUGGGAUCCAGCCUCCUGUAGAGCUGAGCUGCAAGGAGAGGAACAUCUUGGCGGCAACUUUCAUUCGCUCGCUGCAUAAAAAUAUAGGUAAAAAGAGUCUGGGGCAUAAAAUUCUGUUGCAUGGUAUCUAAUGCAUCACAGCUUGCAUAACACAUACUACAGAGGACAGCUGCCAUUCUAUGGUGUAGACUGCAAGUAUUUUCAGAAUGGAUUGCAUCCUUUUUAUGUUGUGGUGUGCUGCUUAGCUCAGUGUUUGUUUAUAAAUGUUGAGGAGUUCAGUUUGAUUUAGGAUAUUGUAAUUAUUAUAGAGCAAUCACACAUGCUUCCCCUGUUCUUGAUAAAUUUCAGUCUGUUGCUCUCUUCCUGAUAUCUCUUUAGAGGAGUUCACAUAACUAUCUACGUAUGUGUUGAGGUUAUGCAUUCUCUCCCUCCCCCUCCUAUCUUCUUUAGUGCUUCUAAAUAAAUAUGCUUAUUUAACCUCUCCAGCUUGGUCUCAGAAUAGGGAGGUUUAAACCCUGAGCCCAUGUGUAUGUGAUAGAGCCAGUGUGUGCACACAAAUACAAAUAUGAAGAAAUACUAGAGACAAGGAAAUGUUAAUGAAUGCAAUGUUUAUGUUCUGUCUCCACAAAAUAGUCUGUACAAUUUUUUAAAACUAUGAUAUGUAUCCCUUUGUUUCCUCAAAUCCUUUGUACUGAAUUUUUUUACUCCUUUUGGGAUGAUAAUCUGUCAUAUUUUAUGACAUUUCUGAAACAGAUAUGACCUUGUAAGGUGUUUUGAAGGAAACAGAUAUGACAAUGGGCUUGUUGGUUUCAGGAGGCUCAGAGACCUUUCAGGACAAAGUAAACUUCUUUCAGAGGGAGCUGCGCCAGGUGCACAUGAAGAGGCCCCAUUCAAAAGUUACUCUAAAAGUCAGCCGCCACAACCUUCUGGAAUCGGUGAGUGUGUCUGUGAUACAGAAAGCUUGGAGUGUACAUAGUUUUAGAGAAGUUCUGUAGAUCAUUUCCUUCCUGUUCCAUGUUCUUUCACCUUGAGCUACAGAGUGGACUAGAGUGAUAUGAAUUCAGGGUGAUAGUGUAUUCACACAUAUUCUGAUUUUACACCUUCCUCUAAAAUAUUUAAUUGUCUAUGACCAGAGAAGUCUGCAUUAAACCAACUAUUAGUCAUUUUUAAUGUGGCAAAGCCUCAAUGAGAAGCGAGGCAGCCCAGGGCAGGAAGCACAGAAACCAUCAGCUCCUGACAGAACCAUCAACAGCCUGAGAGAGAUGCUUGGGCAGCUGCUCCCCCACCUCUGCUGGAGCUGCUCAAGACCCGUAUUAUGAGGGAACCCAGGCCAGGGAGCAUGCAUACCAUCAACUCCCAGUUUGCUGAAUGAUACUUGCCCUCCUGCAUUUUAUAUACUGUAUUAGUUUUAAAAUUGUAAAUCAGCUUGGGUGCCUUGGCAGAAAGGUGGUACAUAAAUCCAAGGAACACAUAAAUAAUAAGUUUGGGGAAGGGGUAGGAGGACGUGAAUCCUAGUCUCUUUGUUAUGUAAACUCUUACAAGAUAAUUAGUUUUAGUGCGGCAGACAGAUAAAAUCAAGGGAAUUAAACUUCCAAGGGUGGGGGAAACUAAAACAUUUUAAGUGGAAGAUGAAGAUUAUCGUGAGUGUGAACUAGAGGAUGUGCUGUCACUGGUAAGCAGCAAAUGGCUUUAAAUCAUUUGACUGUCUACUAUAUCAGAGCCAAGAGUUGCCAUAGGGUUUUUUUUUUAGUUUUCUGGUUUUGCUGUAGCUAUAAAUGGAACAGAGAUUCUAUGGCUUGACAUUUCUAGUCGUUUUAAAUAUUUUGUUCAAAGCAAGCUUAGUCUUGAGGGAGCAGUGCAUUAAAGUGAUAGUAUGUGUCACGAGGGCAAGUCAUGAAACACUUUUAUUUGUGAGCACUUAGGAAAUGAGGACGAGAGCUCCUCAAAUAUUUAUAAUAAAAAAACCCCAGAACUUUCAGUCCCUAUAGCUCAGUAGUGUGGAUCCUUUUCAUGUCAAGAGCCACAUUACCUCAGUGAGGAGUAUUACUUAUAACUCUUAAAUUGUGCUUUAUAGAUCCAAUAAUCUCUUAGAUCACAGCAGGUGGGGUCAACACCCAAAGUAGGCAAAACCUUUUCUUUGUGUCAUUCCCUCCAAUCAGUUUUUCCUCUCACUCUCCUCUUCUCCUUAUUCUCCUCUUUUCUGCAAACAACUGCUUGCACUGUCCUUGCACAAAAUGCUGCAUAUGAAAGGCAAUCAGGAUUAGUUAGCAUGGAAAUGCUGCAGUCUGUUGUAGGAUGAACAAACUGCUCCGUUCUUCCGCUAGCAGCUCUCUGGUCAUGGAAAGAAGCUUUUCUCUCUCCCUCUCCAGUAUAAAAAUGUAACAGACUAAAAGUUUGCAAAUGGAAAGGAAUAUGGAUUGGUGCCUGAAACUAGUGGUUUCCUACAGCUCCCAUAAGGUCACCCUUCUCUCACUUUAAGCUCCACCUUUACAAUGAGAUGAUAGCAGUGUUCUGCUUGUCAUCCUACAAGAGGGUGGAGGCAAUCCCCACACUAGGCCUCAGCCCUGUGUACCAGAAGGAGCAUCUCCAUCCCCAUUGUUCAACCCAAACACUAAAAUCCAGCACCAAGGGCCUUCUGGAGGUUCCCACACUGCGAGGACUGAAGCUACAGGGAACCAGGCAGAGGGCCUUCUCAGUAGUGACGCCCAACCUGUGAAAUGCCCUCCCAUUAGAUGUUAUAUAACAUUUAGGAAACAUCUGAAGGCAGCCCUGUAUAGGGAAGCUUUUUGAGGUUUAAGGUUUUAUUAUGUUUUUUUACGUCCUGUAAGCCAUUCAGAGUGGCUGGGGCAACCCAGUCAGAUGGGCGGGGUACAAAUAAGUUUUUAUUCAUUCAUUCAUUCUGUAUGCAUAUACAUAGGGGCCGAAGCAUAAUCCCAGUGGCCAAGCGGUAGAAACCUUGGACUGACUUUUCUUUACUAAUAUCUCUCGUAACAAAAUAAAAAAAUUCCUUCCAGUAGCACCUUAGAGACCAACUAAUAGGUUUACCACACCUAUCAGCCAACCACCCAUUCCCACCACCCUUCUGAGUAAUACCCCUCCCCACCCUCUCACUAUAUAUAAGGGUCUGGUGACUUCUGUUUCAGUGUAUCUGAAGAAGUGUGCAUGCACACGAAAGCUCAUACCAAGAACAAACUUAGUUGGUCUCUGAGGUGCUAUGGGAAGGAAUUUUUUUAUUUUGUUUCGACUACAGCAGACCAACAUGGCUACCUACCUGUAACUAUCUCAAUCCUAAGUACAGUGGUGCCUCGCAAGACGAAAUUAAUCCGUUCCGCGAGUGUCUUCGUCUAGCGGUUUUUUCGUCUUGCGAAGCAACCCUAUUAGCGGCUUAACAGAUUAGCGCUAUUAGCGGUUUAGCGGCUAUUAAAGGCUUAUCGGCUUAGCGGCUUAGCUGCUAAAAGGCUAUUAAAGGCUUAGCAGCUUAGAUAAAGGGGGGGGGGAGCGGAAAAAAAAUCUCAAGACUCUCAAGACAUUUUCGUCUUGCGAAGCAAGCCCAUAGGGAAAUUCGUCCUGCGAAGCAACUCAAAAAUGGAAAACCCUUUCGUCUAGCGGGUUUUCCGUCUUGCGAGGCAUUCGUCUUGCGGGGCACCACUGUAUGUUUACUUGAAAGUCCCACUGCUCAUCAGGAAAGUGUGUAGGAUUGCAGCCUAAGAUUUGGAAGAAGGAGUAAAGACUAAUUCUCAGACUAGCAGAUGACAUAAAGCAAAUAAAGGCUAUAUAAACUACAAUUAAGAAGAAUAUAGAUCCAUUAGUAAUUUUGUCUUUAAACAGACAAAAUAUUUAUACAGCAUGAAUGUGUAUGCUCAUUUUUGUUUGUGGUAGAUAUGCAUACACACACAUUAGAAAUAAAAACAGAAUGCAAAAUAAGGCGAUAAACUGACAUUCAAAAAUGCUACUGAGAAGAAUCUGGGAGUUGCAUCUGAGUACCAAAAGAAGUGACCUUACAGUAGCAAUGGUAAGUGGUAUUUUCAGCCAACUGUAGAAGAGAAGCUCUGAAGGGGGAUGAGUAUUAAAUACUACUACAAUUCUCCACUGAAGAGCAGUAUCUACAGAUGAGAGAGGCAGUAGAAAUAAGUAUUGGAGAAUUGCGUGUUCCUGAAAAUGAGAUCUCAUGUUAGCCCUCUUGGUUGCAAGCAUCAGUUUAUACUGCGUUUUCCUUAUGUUCCUAGUCACUGAGGGCAACAAGGAAUUUUUCUGUUUCUGACUGGAGCAAAAACUUUGAAGUGAUUUUCCAGGAUGAAGAAGGUGAGCUAACCUGUAAUUGCAUUAUUGUUGCCAGAAAAAGAGUGUUUGGGUUUCUACUACUAGCAACCAAUUUUUUAUGAAGUUUCCAUAAUAUCUCACAAGCAUCUAUAGAUUUAUUCUCCAAUCACCUUCAUACUGGCUAUAUAGUAAAGCUAAGUGAAAACGCUAUUGCACUUAAGUUCUGCUUGCAGGCUGCCCAUGGCCACUGUAAGAACAGGAAACUGAGCUAGAUGGGUCUUUAGCCUGGUCAAGUUUUGUGAAUCCCAGUCCAGUUAAUUUACAUUACAUCCUUUUAUUAUCUUGUCUGAAUAUAAGGUGCCUGGUGUGCUCAAAAGAACUAAUGGGAGGAAAAAGUAUAUGGGUGUUACAUUUAUCCCACUUUGGGUAGAGUGGGAUGUUGCAUAUAAAUUGUAUACAGUAGUAUGGUACUCCCUCUAAAGUGAAGAGUUUUUUUUUUGACAGGUGUGUUUUAGAAGGCAUAGGAUUACCUCAAGAUCUAACUGGUCUCUGAUUUGUUCUGUCUUGUAGCCUUGGACUGGGGAGGUCCUCGCAGAGAGUGGUUUGAAUUGAUCUGUAAAGCUUUAUUUGACACUACCAAUCAACUUUUUACCCGCUUCAGUGACAACAACCAAGCUCUGGUUGGUAUUUUCCCAUCAUUCAUUGGUGGAAACAGGAAACAUUGCAGCUGUUCAUGUUUUCUGUAGAGAAUUCACAUUCUUUUUCAGACUUUUUCUAGUUUUCUCCUGUAAACAGAAAGAAAAUUGGUUUGCCUCUUUCAUGGGGGUAUUAAAAGGCAAACUUAAGCAGGAAGAUGAAUUGUCAUGAGUAGUACAGAUAAAUUCUAUGGCAGGUAUGAGAAGUGCAAUCUGUAAUUUGAUUUCCUAAGUCAUAUUUUCUAAAAUAUAGAAAGUAACACUGUUUCUUUGCAAACUAUAUAUGGCAUGCUCGUGUACCGGCAUGCCUGUUUCAGUGCUGUUGAGAAUACACUCAGAAAAACAAUCUUUAAAGGAUGUGAAGAUCUUUGACCACAGGGUACAAGGAGAAGAGUACAUGGGGCUUUUUCAGGCAUUAAAUCUAAUCCUAAAUUAGAGCUAAUUCUAAGCUGUUGUAACUGUGAGCUGCCUUGUUUGUAGGUACAUCCCAACCCCAACCGGUCACCUUUUCUGCGGCUGAAAGUGUAUGAAUUCGCAGGGCGCUUGGUUGGAAAGUGCCUCUAUGAGUCAUCUUUGGGAGGGGCUUACAAGCAGCUGGUGAGAGCUCGUUUCACUCGGUCUUUUUUGGCUCAAAUCAUAGGAUUGCGGAUGCAUUAUAAGGUAAAAUUGCCUGUGGGUUUUGUUCUGCUUUCGAGUAUAAAGCAGAGACCAAGCACGAUUCCACAGCACAAACUAAUUUUGUUUUCUUUCCUUCCCCUUCUCUAUCUCCUUUUUCCUCUUAGUAUUUUGAGACAGAUGACCCAGAGUUCUAUAAAUCUAAAGUUUGCUUCAUCCUGAAUAAUGAUGUCAGUGAGAUGGAGCUAGUCUUUGCUGAGGAAAAAUACAGCAGAUCAGGACAACUUGAGAAGGUAAGAGCCGUUGGUUAGGAUGGUGCAAUUUGAAAUCCUUUUAUCCGCAAUGGGGAAAGGAGCAAUGUCUCAAUAGGAGGGGAAAGAUGUGAAGGGUUCAUCAUUGUGUGGAUUUAUAGAGUAGAUGGGACUCCACUCAUAAAUUCUCUCAUGCCUUGUUUUCAGGAGGUUGAGCUGGUAACAGGUGGUGCUCAAAUGCCAGUUACAAAUGAGAAUAAAAUUUUCUACCUGAAUCUUCUUGCACAGUACAGACUGGCGAAUCAGGUUAGAGAGGAAGUGGAACACUUCUUGAAAGGUAAUGUGUAUGCUCUGCACUUUUUUUUAAUUAAUGUUGUUCAGAAUUGUUCUUUGUUGAUGCCCUUGCCUGGCUGGCAUGAUUUUUAUCUAUUCUGCUCUCAUCUUCUAGGUCUCAAUGAACUGGUCCCUGAAAACCUCCUUGCUAUUUUUGAUGAAAAUGAACUUGAGGUAAACUAAGAUAUUUGCUGUCUUUGAUCCUGUUGCACCUUCCUCAGAUGAAUGUGAGAUAGCUGGGGGGUAAGGAAGAGUGGGGAACCCCCAUUCACAAGCAUUCCCUGUACGGAUAUAGUAACAUAAAUAAUUUUAACCAUACCAAUUUUUAUGAGACUUUCCAUAUAAACUAGAUAAACUUUUAGCCGGCACAAAAUAUAUGUUCACUCAAAACUCUUAGUUUCUACUGAUUUGCUAGGCAAUUUCAAGUGCCUUUCCAAUCCAGUUGAAUCUCUGCUCUUCCCUUCCUCUGACUUGUGAUAAUAAAGAAACAAGUGCCUGAUUCUAUGACCCCAACACUAAAAAGUCUCCUAUCCAACCCUGCAGCUUAAACAACACUCUGGUGCUCUAGUUCAGAUUGAUUACUUCUCACUCUGUACCUAACCUACUAUUCCCUACAGUAUAUGCCACAUCCGAGAUAUAAUGUCAUUAGACUUCUUUUUCCCCAGAAGUUUCCAUACAGUACUGUAAUAGUUAACAAGGGUAUUUGGACACAUGCUUGAGUUACCAAGUCCCCAAUGCUGCAUUAGAGCAGAAAGUUUUAAAACCUAGAAGGAGUGAUAGCUCUAGCUUUUAAUCCUGAGCAUCAAAAAUACAAAGCUGACUGUGUUGAUUGAAUGGUACCUAGUUUAAAGGAAAAAAGACAACUGUACUCUGACUGAAACUUUAUUUUCUUCCAGUUGCUAAUGUGUGGUACUGGAGACAUCAGUGUCUGUGAUUUCAAAGCACAUGCUGUAGUAGUGGGAGGUUCUUGGCAUUUCCGAGAGAAGGUAAGAAAGAUUAAUUGCCUGCUCUACCAGACUGGAUUGGUUGUACUUUGUGUAGGUCAUGACUGAGACAGUGAUUAUGUAUGUCUUCAUGAGGAAACACUACUUCGUUUUCCUUUGGCUGGCUUUUAGACCUCAUGAAAGCUCUUUAUACGUGCAUCUUUUACGCUUUCUCAGUUAAGGGCAAUGCUUCCUUUGGGCCAGAUCUUUAAGUUACUUAGCAACAGCAAACAUUUGUGCACUCCUGUAAUUUUAUUACAAGGUUCCAAAGAAACAUCAAAAGUAGCAGUGGAGCUUAAAGUGAAAUAUCGCUUUGGGAGGUGUGAUUAUGGUAGCGUACAUUAAUUCAUUUUCUGGCCUGUCCUCAUAACUGGGUGGUUUGCAAGAAAUUUAGUAGGUCCCCCCCUCCCCCCGUUCUUGCUUCCCAUACCUCUUGCUGUGUCUUCCAGGUUAUGCGGUGGUUUUGGACAGUGGUCUCCAGUUUCACACAAGAGGAACUGGCCAGGCUGUUGCAGUUCACCACUGGUUCUUCUCAGCUGCCUCCUGGAGGAUUUGCUGCACUUUGCCCAUCUUUCCAGAUCAUUGCAGCUCCGACGCACAGUACACUGCCAACAGCCCAUACUUGGUGAGUACCGGUACCUGUCACUGAGUCUUUCUGUCAUCUGCAGCAAGCUGAUCAUGAGCAGCCUUCCACUGAUCUUGCCCAUAUGUUUUUUCAGAUAUUUUUUAAUGCCAUAUAACUGCUCAGGUGGGUUACCCUUGCCUAUGAAAUGCUGAAAGCGUUAUGUGUACAUGUCUCAUGCUAUGUACUAGUUUUGUUCUUUCUUUCAGUUUUAACCAGCUGUGCCUCCCCACUUACGAUUCCUAUGAAGAGGUGCACAAGAUGCUGCAGCUGGCCAUCAGCGAGGGCUGUGAGGGUUUUGGCAUGCUCUGA